AUGGCAACUCGUAAGAGUAUGUCAAAAAGAUUAAUAGAUUCUACUAUACAUUCCUCUCCAGCUUCUUCAUCUCCAUUAAGGCGAAAAUCUAUACUUCCACAAAAAUUAAACAAUUUUGCUUUAUCAGAAAAUGAUGAUGAAGCAGAACGUUUGGCCCGUCGUAGAGAAAUUACUGAUACUUCAACAACGACAAUUUCUACAAAUUCAAGUGAUAAAAGACGUUCUUUAGGACUUAGUUUUCUAGUAAAUAUGCCACCUUCUCAAAUGGCAGAACGUAUAUCUCAAUGCAUAAAGCUUGGUACAGAAAAUAAAAUUAAUCCAAAAAAUGCAUUCAGUUUAGAAAUGAUUGAUUUUAUGACAUAUAUGAUUAAGAAAAAGGAUGCAAAUAUGUCUAAUUUGCAAGUAGCUACUACAUCUUUAGAUGUAAGCACUAAAAUUUAUGGAUUUCGUGUGGAUGGUGUACAUAUGGAUAUACUUAAAAUGAUUGCUGGAACAAAAACAAAGAGUAUGUCAAAAAGAUUAAUAGAUUCUACUAUACAUUCCUCUCCAGCUUCUUCAUCUCCAUUAAGGCGAAAAUCUAUACUUCCACAAAAAUUAAACAAUUUUGCUUUAUCAGAAAAUGAUGAUGAAGCAGAACGUUUGGCCCGUCGUAGAGAAAUUACUGAUACUUCAACAACGACAAUUUCUACAAAUUCAAGUGAUAAAAGACGUUCUUUAGGACUUAGUUUUCUAGUAAAUAUGCCACCUUCUCAAAUGGCAGAACGUAUAUCUCAAUGCAUAAAGCUUGGUACAGAAAAUAAAAUUAAUCCAAAAAAUGCAUUCAGUUUAGAAAUGAUUGAUUUUAUGACAUAUAUGAUUAAGAAAAAGGAUGCAAAUAUGUCUAAUUUGCAAGUAGCUACUACAUCUUUAGAUGUAAGCACUAAAAUUUAUGGAUUUCGUGUGGAUGAUACUUUAAAAAUGAAUGUUGAAACUGAAAAACCUUCAUUAAUAACAAUAGAAGCAGAUUUACAAACCACAGAUAUGUUAUAUCAAGUAAUGUUACCAAAUCAUGCAAAUUCAAAGUUUUAUCCACACUCAUAUAAUGAUAUUUUAAUAGACACAGUAAAUAAUAAAGAUAUUCAGGAUAAAAAUACAGUAUAUGAUAUUCCAAAAAUAGCAAAUUUUUCACAUAUGGAAAUUUGUCCUCCUUUAUUUUAUUUUGAUUUUCAUAAUGAAUGUAUAUCUACUGGUAUGAAUUAUUUUGAUAUUGAAGUUACAGAAGAAGAACAUAUAGAUAGAUGUGUUAUGAUAUCUAACCAAGUAGAAAAUAUUGUAGAUUUUCGUGAAGUUUUAACCAAGACAAUAUCAUUAAAAGAUUCAGAAUAUUCAUUUAUUCAAACGAAUUUAAAUAUACAUUGGGCUGAAUUAUGUUAUGAUGAUGAAACAAUUGAAAGAGUAUGUGUUAAAUUUUUACCAAGUCAAUCAAUUAAACUACAUGCUAGAACUGCUAAAAUCGAAUGGAAUGAAGAAAUAUUAACUUUACCUCCUGAUAAACAUUAUAACAUCAAACAAGAAUAUCAAGAAAAUAAAAAUAACACGAUUAAUAAUGAUAUGCAAUGUCAAGAUGAGUGUAUAUCAGAAACACAGAUGCCUUUUACUGGAAACAAUCUAGUUGCUGCACCAAAACUUACAAAUAAAGUAUCUAUUGCAUAUUAUAAGAAUAUUAAAGAAACAAUAACUAAAAAAGCAAUGCAACAAGAUAAUAAUAAUAAAAUGAAUGAUAGUAAAUUCUUCAGUGAAAUUUAUAAGAGAUUACCAAAUAUAUUAACUAAAACUAAUAUCGAUGCUCUAAGUUUCCCAAUUUCUUUUGUAUCUCUAUUACAUUUAGCAAACGAAAAAACAUUAAAAAUAAAUUCUUCUUCUGACAUGUCAGAUCUUAUCAUAGAACAAGAUUAA